ACACGAAUGCAAUUUUAGUGAAACCGCGUGAAUUUAACUAGAAAUGAAAGAAAUGAAUGUGAUAAUUUAGUGAAAUAUAAAAAAAUAAUAUUGCUUCAACUUAAAUUAAAGUUUAAACAUAAGGUUGAAGCUAUUUAUUGAAUAAGUGUAGCAAAAAAGCAAAUUUAAAGAAUUUAUCAGGUUAUACAUUUAAUGAACAAUAUGAAUUCUAUAAUAGAAGAGAUGGAUCAAGACGGUGAUGAUACAGGCGAUGAAUUUGAAAUAAUAAGCAUAAAUCCAAAUGUUAAUUACGAGAGUCAAGAUUCAGAUAAUGAAGAUCAAGUUGAAAUUACCGCCGUUCCGCUCCCAGAUUUAGUUUGUCAACAGGUUCAAAGUCAUCAAUCUGAAAUACAACAAAUAACAAAAACAGAAAUCUCUGUUGAAAAUAUGAAAGAUAAAAUAGAAGAAGAAAACACUAGUGACAGUAGUCAUGCAUUAUCUCAAAUUGAUGAUAACAGCAUGCAUUCAAAUGAUUCAAUGACUUUUCCAAAAGUCAGAAAGAAACUAAAUCUUCAAGAAUAUAAAAUGCGGCGAGCAAAUGAAACUGACAAAAUGUUUGAACCCUCCGAAAAAAUUGCUGCUUUUGAGCUUUGUGAUAUGCCUGCUUCACUACCUACACUAGUGCUUCCUACAGAUCCAACAUUUAACAUUUACAGCAAUAUCGCGCUUCAGUCACAAACAAUUCAUCAAUUUCAAUCAAAAUCACCAACUUUCAAUCCUGAGUUAUUUGAGGAAAUUACCAUCGUGUCAACUGGAUGUAAUACUGAAAUUACAAUUCCUCCUUUCGACGAGAAAGACGAUGAGACGAAACCAAGUAAAUUUCUUACUAAUAUUGUUAACAAUUUUAAGAAGGAUAAUGUUGAAUCGUUACUGAAAUCAUCGACAACACUUUUUUCAAGUAUUCAAGCAGUUGUUCAGGAGAAAUGUACAUCAUCAGUUAAUACUGAAUGUGAGAAUAGUCAGGAAAGCGUGAAUAAUCUUUGUGAGCAUGGUGAGAAUAAAACCAUCAUGCAUUUACGCAAAGAUAGAUUAAAACCAGUGAAAUGUAGCAUUGGCAUUCAAACUGAUAGUAUUUCACUUUUUCCGCCACUGUUACUUUCGCCUGAUAUCAUUUUUAAUCGAAUAAGAAAUGCCAGAAAUUAUAGAAGAAAAAUAUCGCGAAGUCGUAGUCGUUCUAGAAGUUUCAGUCCUAAUAUGGAUUAUGAUCGUAUGAAAUAUGCCAAUAAACGUUACUCACGAUCACAACACAGUACUCACUCGUCGUCAAUGAACAGCAAUAGUUCGGAAAGUGACAGCGAUUCAUCAACUUGUAGUUCAUCUUCUGAUUCUCUUAAGCGAUUUAAUGACAGAAAUAAUUUCAAAUUUUAUAAUCGCAAUCAACAUGAUCAGAAUGUUAGUUAUCAAGAACGUAAAAUUGUCUACAUCGGUGGAUUGGAUGAAAAUACAACAAAAGAUGAAAUUCGACGAAAGUUUCUUCAUUACGGUACAAUCAAAAAGAUUUCACUGCACUCUAAAGACGAUGGAUUACGUUAUGGAUUUGUGACAUUUGCUGAUGCUGAAAGUGCUUAUGAAGUUAUUGAUAAAUUUGCUAAUGAUCCAAUGAUAAAGCUUUACGAUAUAAGAUUUGGAGGUCGAAGAAAAUUCUGUAAACAAUCGUAUGCUGAUUUAGAUUCGCUUGCUGAGAACGACUAUCAAGAUACUCAAAAAGCUGCAAAAGAUUUGUCAUUUGAAGAUUUACUUAAUCUUGCUAAGAAAAAGAUUUCAGCCAAAAAAUAGCAUUGGACGCUUGAGGCUAUAUUUGCUAUUACUGUAAUGAAAUAAAAUGGAUU